AUGGCCAAAGGCAGCAUCGCCAAGGGCAAGAGAGGCCCCUCAAUACACUCCCGCGCCGCGCGGCGGGCGACCUCACCGGGCAUCGACACGGACAAGUCACUCAAGGAAGUCCGGGCGCCACAAGAAUCCAUCGACCGACGGCCGGCCGUACUCGCGGCGCACCAUGCCGGGGGCGUGAGCAAGAAGGCCAAGUCGGGCCGCAGGUCGGUGCUGAGCACGCGGGCGCGGCGGCGGCAGGAGCGCAGCAUGGACCGGGCCGAGGCCGUCAUGGACCGCACCGCCGUCAAGGUGCAGAAGAGCAAGGGCCACGCCCGCGUCAUCCACGGCCGCCGCAAGACGUGGGACGAGGUCAACCGGGAGGCGUUCGAGCGCGAGGAGCUGCGCAAGCUCGGGAAGAAGGCCAAGGCGAAGAUGGAGGAGGAUGCCGCGGUGGAGGCGUUCUAUGCGGAUGAUGGUGAUGCUGAAAUGGAGGGUGCUGAGGAUGAUGGGGAGGGGAGUGCGGGAGAGACGGGGGCUGUCGCUGUACCAACGGCGCCCGAGCCAGUCGAUGUGGCGGAGGAGGAUAUUUUAUAG